AUGGACAACAUUUCCGCCCAAGUUGACAAGCAGGUCGGCAUUGUGGCGGGUGACGUCGAAAGCUACUGGACCUUCGCCGAGCUAUUUGACACUAUCAUUGAUCGCUGGCACUGUGGCUUCCCACCGCAUGCUAAGCACACCAACGAUCUCGACCCUUAUAAGAUAUCCAAGACGCAAAUCGAUCCUACAGCAAAAUACGUUCUUUCUUCCCGUGUGAGCAUCGUGCGAUCGAUCCGAGGGUACAGACUACCGCCGAGCAUAUCCUUCCAAGAACGCCGAGACGUAGAGAGGUUGGCCGUGCAGGCUUUGAAGACCUUCCCCAUACAUCUCCGUGGUUACUACAGACCUCUGGUCGGGAGUCGGAGUUUUUCCACUGAGAAUAAUGGCACUGAUGAAACUCACAACAAGGAGGAGGAUAUCACCCACCCUGAGUCGGGGCCUUUGCUCUCUUCCGGGGUCGGCCGGCACUGGCCUGAUGCUCGAGGUGUAUUCCAUAAUGAUACAGAUGAUCUCAGAGUUCUGGUUAACAAUGUGGAGCACUUGGAGUUCAUUUCGACCCGGAAAGGGGAUGGUGUCAGAGCAUGCUUUGCCGAGCUCUCCGAAGCCCUCCGCACCUUCGAGGCUUCGCUUGCGUCUCAGAAUCGGGAGUUGAUGCAUAACGAUCGUCUCGGGUACCUCUCGUCACACCUCGACAACCUUGGCACUGGACUGCACAUCUCAGUAGAGAUGAGGAUCCCCAAUAUGAUCGGCAGACCUGAUUUCGAGCGAAUCAUCCGUAGAAUCGGACUCAAAGCCGCUGGGAACACGCAAGGCGAUAAGUUUCAUCACACUUUGUUUGUCGGGAAUCUCGACGUCUUGGGACGUAGUGAAGUCGAAAUAGCCGAUGCCGUUAUAGAAGGUUGCGCCAGGCUGGUCGAGUGGGAGCAAGCGCUCGAGAAGGGUCGAGACAUAACGUCUGAGCUACCAAGAUGA